AUGCAAUCCAAUAUGUUUAAAUCCUUCCUCAAGAUGGCAACUCAGAAGUGAACGGUUGGAAAAUUUGGGGUCUAUUAUGGGUGAUAUUGAAACUCUACAUACGACUUUGACCCCUUAUAUUUUCAUCUAGGAGAUUAUGAAUAUGAAGCAGUUCCACACAGUUAUAUUGCAACUACAUAUAAGAAUGGCGAGAAGUUUUGAUAUUUCCAGGUAGAGGAGAAAAAUAUUGUAAAAGGAUCAGUGAUAUUGGGGGAUGCUUUCCUCAGGAACUAUUAUGUAUAUCAUGAUGUAGCUAAUGGGAGAAUGGGGCUAUAUGGAAAUCAUAUGCCUUAUAAGGCUAGUCUAGUUGCAUUGCCAAGUCCUGGAUUUGAAGGAAAUACCUUAGUGAUUAUUCUCAUCGUUUUAGGUGCCAUAUGAGGUUUCUGACUAUGCAUGGUUUGUUCUUGGUACAUAUGUUGUAAUUCCAGAUCACCCGUUCCUGAACUUCAGCAAAAUAUUCCGUUACUUAAAGAAGGAGCAGACUUAUCUGACAAAUAUAUUUAUAGAAAGCACCAAACAUUUAUUCGUCAAGAUGAUGAUGAUUUGGCUCCACCUAGACCUGCAAAUCUGAGGCAGAUCCAAAGUGAAGAUAGAGAGAUGUUUCAUUUUAAUAGAAGGCUCUAA